UUUAUUAAUCACACUUUUGCCUUUUUAAACUCUGAAAGCUGAUUUUUUUAAUGGAGUUAUUCAACUCUGCUUUAGGGAAGAACAUCACUUUUGUGCGUCCUGCAUAUUUUAUAAUAAGGGGGUUUAUUGGCUUGCCUAAUAUGAAGCAUUAUUAUGUGUUUUUGUUUUUUGUCUACAUUGUUUCAGUGCUUGGAAACACAGCUGUUAUGGCUGUAAUAUAUCUGGAUCAUAACUUAAGAACUCCAAAGUAUGUUGCUGUUUUCAACCUAGCCUUUGUGGACCUGUUAGGUAGCACUGCUCUGGUGCCGAAAGUGCUUGACAUCUUUUUAUUUAACCAUAAUAUAAUUCCUUACAAUGACUGCUUGACAUUCCUGUUUUUCUGUUAUGCUUGCCUUUCAAUGCAGUCUUUUAAUCUGGUUGUUCUCUCCUAYGAUCGCCUGAUGGCCAUCAUCUUCCCUCUGCACUAUCAGCUGAAGGUGACCUGCAGGUUUAUGCUGUCCCUGAUUGCCUUGUUCUGGCUUUUUGUUAUAGUUGCUAACCUUAUUUCAGUCUGUCUCCUUACAAGACUCUCCUUUUGUAAUUCUGUGGUCAUAAACAGCUAUUUCUGUGAUCAUGGUCAGAUUUACCGCUUAGCAUGUAAUGACAAUUUUCCUAAUGAUGUAGUUAGUUUCCUUUACCCAGUUAUUAUAUUUUGGUUUCCUCUGGUUUUUAUCCUGCUAAGUUACAUUUAUAUAGGUUAUACUUUAGCUAAGGUGGCAACUUUACAACAAGGUGUCAAGGCCUUUAAAACAUGUUUAGCUCAUCUUUCAUUAGUGGUUGUGUAUUUCACCCCACUGUUGGUAACAUUCACCCUGAUGGAGAAAAUACAUCCGAACAACAGGAUCAUAAACUUGUCUUUAACCUCAGUCAUUCCUCCCAUGUUGAACCCCAUCAUUUAUGUUCUGCAGACAAAAGAAAUCAAAGCAUCGAUUAAAAAAAUAUUCAAAAUCUGUUUAAAAUCCAAAGUAGGAACAAGACACUCCACAACUACGUGA